UUGUCUGUGCUUGCUGUCACGGCAGUCCCUCUGUUGGCACCCAUUGCUUCCAGAUUUUUGUGUAUGUGCUUUUGCGUGUGUGAGUGUGUGUGUGCUUAAAAGUGCUCGCAAACCUGAUACAUUGAAGCCUUACACGGGAAUAAGGGCAUUUGCACCGAAACUGAAGGAUUAUCAAAAUUUGGAUUUAAAGCAACCGGCAGCAGCGAAGGACCAUGGCAGAUCAUUAGUAUACUAAUUGCUAUUCGUGUUACCGGAUCCCCUCCUAGUCGGGAACCAUUUUCCGCUACAUUGGACAGCGCAGAAUGCACCCUGCCCUCUGAAAUUUCUCCCCUUGUAGCAAUGAUCCCCGAGCAGCAAAAUCAUGUUGUUACUACCAUUGAAAACAUUCCAGCAGAAAGCAUCUCCAUAUCGCCCACACUGCUGCAGAGGAUAAAGAAAGUCUUCAGCAGGGAGCUGUUCUUGUCUUUGGCCCUAGGCCAGGUGUUGUCGUUGCUGAUCUGUGGCAUUGGCCUGACAAGCAAAUAUUUGGCAGAGGACUUCCAUGCGAACACUCCUGUCUUUCAGAGUUUUCUGAACUAUAUUCUCCUGUUUUUGGUCUAUACCACCACCCUUGCUGUAAGACAAGGAGAAGAAAAUUUGCUAGCAAUAUUGAAAAGAAGAUGGUGGAAAUAUAUGAUCCUGGGGUUAAUAGAUAUAGAAGCCAAUUACCUGGUCAUCAAAGCAUACCAGUAUACAACACUGACAAGUGUUCAGCUUUUAGACUGUUUUGUUAUCCCGGUGGUGCUGUUAUUGUCAUGGUUCUUCCUGUUGGUGAGGUACAAGGCAGUUCACUUCAUUGGAGUCGGUGUGUGCCUACUGGGGAUGGGGUGCAUGGUGGGAGCUGAUGUCCUCGUAGGACGACAGCAGGGGGCAGGAGAAAACAAGCUGCUAGGGGACCUUCUAGUGCUGGCUGGAGCCACACUGUACGGCAUUUCCAAUGUCUGUGAAGAAUACAUUGUGAAAAACUUAAGCCGGGUCGAAUUCCUGGGAAUGAUUGGACUGUUUGGUUCCUUCUUUAGUGGAAUUCAGCUAGCCAUAAUGGAACAUAAAGAGCUGCUAAAAGUACCGUGGGACUGGCAGAUCGGUUUGCUGUAUGUUGGCUUCAGUGCUUGCAUGUUUGGUCUAUAUAGCUUCAUGCCGGUGGUCAUCAAAAGAACUAGUGCUACUUCUGUCAACCUUUCACUGUUAACAGCUGACCUGUAUAGCCUUUUCUGUGGAUUGUUCCUCUUCCAUUACCAGUUUUCAGGUCUCUAUCUACUGUCAUUCUUCACUAUUGUUGCUGGACUGAUCCUGUACUCUUCAACAUCCACAUAUAUCGCUCAGGAUCCCAGAGUAUAUAAGCAAUUUCGCAACCCAGGGGGGCCUGUUGUAGACCCUCCAGCAGCAGGACCACUGGAGCCAUCAGUGACUUACACCAGCCUUGGACAGGAAAUGGAGGAAGAGCCGCGUGUCAGAGUUGCCUAGAUCAAGACUGUUACUGCCCUGUUUUAAUGUGCUAUAUCUCUGUAUUGUGCAUGGAGAAAGGUAUUUAUCAGGUAUAAUGCUGGGCUGAAAGGUAGAAAACAGAAGGCAGCAGUAACAGCACAAAGCCUGCUUGGUACAAUCAUGACAAAAUAUACUAAGAAGAGGCAAGAAUCCCAUUAGGUUACCAACAUCAGUGGGCUUCUGCUUGGCUGAUUUAUCAAUCUGAUCCUCUGUGAAUGGUGAAGCUAAUGCAGUGAUAUAUAACAUAAAUGACAUUAUCCCAAAGGAUGCUAUAUACAGAGUGCACAAAAAGAGGUUACUGUGCCCUGUAUGACUCAUAGUUAUAGUAACUGUUCUUAUGAUAUUAUUUCGAACAAUACUGAAUUUACUGUCUCUUUUUUGUACAAGUUCACAGUAGGGCCUGCUUUUCACUGUAUAUGCAGCACUCCCAUAAUGUCAUUACACAAAGACAGAUUUUUAACCCAACCCAAUGAUAUCUUUUUUAAUAUGUUACUGAAUGGUUCUUUUGUAUAUUACCUUUUUUAUUCAUCAAAAGGCAUUUUAGUCCAUAGUGUUGUUUCACAACUGUGCCACACCUGUAAUGUCUUUCUGUCUGUUGGAGCUGCAUGUUGAUACAAUUGAAGUAAUUUAUAGAAUUAAAACUCAGCUGAUAUAUUAUAUAUUUUACAGCACCAUCACGAGAAAAAUAAACACAGUCAGUAGUGGAACACUGGGAUGGUUGAAACAGUAUAUGGAAACUUUUGGUGAUUUAAUAAGGCAUUUUUUUAAUAUUUACUAGUACCUGAAGAUCUCUGAAGGUCCAUUACCCAUCAGGCCACACUUCUGGAGGUAUAGCUCCUGGAUAUUUGGAACAUUCACAAAUCAGUCUUAGCCUGGGAUUAUACAUAAUGAUACAUCUCAUUUCUAUCAUCAUGAAAUGUAUCAUAUCUGGAACAUGACUAGAGUAGUUCCAGUCCCACAGUUUGGUUUUGCACAUUUGGCAAAUGUUAUACACCAGUGUCAUUUAUGCCUCACCUGCUUUGCAGCCUUGAAAAACUAGAGUCUGGCCAGUUAAAUGUCUAUGCAUUUAUACUUGUUUGUCUAAUGAAAGCCAUUCUGAAAUCAGCAGAUGGCAGUUUGUUCACUGGAGCAGUGACUGUCAGUUUAGCAAAAAUAUUAAUUUCUGUGCAGCUAACCAUAUCAAUGUGAAUCCAUUCUGUAGACCUCAUUUUGUCUCAUCACUCUUGACAGUGUGUAUUGGUGAGGGUUCUGCAUGGUAGUAAUGCAGUCCUGUAUCUAGAUGGCCUUGCUGUCACCUGUAGCAACCUACUUCUACCUGGCUUUGCUGAUCUGGGCUUGAUUUCACUAACAUAAUACCACUGUGUACUAAUGUAAGAUGAAAACUAUAGUUUUUCACCAGCCCAUUGGCACAGGUGCAAGACAACAUAUAUUGCAUGUAACCCAGGAUCAACUAGUAACCUGGAAAGCUGAAGGGCUAGCUGAGGUGGUGCUGUGGUGGAUUCAGUAACCAGUGGCUAGCUUACCUUCCUCAGACCGAGAGACAGAGCUUGGGACUUUUCUUCUUUCUAGUGUAGACUGGAGAUCAACAUUCGUGUCACAUAGGCACAUGUGUAUACAGAGAAGAGGGUAGACACAAAUGCAUCAUGGGCAGGAGUGCCCAUGGACUCAUUUUUAUCACUGCAUUUCCCUCACCUUGAGGAACCAUAGUAAAAAUACAUCUGUAGUUAAGAGCAGAUGACACAGGGUCUAAAAACCUCAGUCUCCUGUCAUCCUGUCAAGAUGGUUGAAUACUGCUGCACAUUAGUGACCUAAGUCUGGGAGAUAAGUAAUUUGAGUUAAAGGUGCUCUGAGGGAUUUGAGGACAGGAGAUAUACUGAUCACCCAUCAAUAAUCAUCUGGCCAACAUGGCCAAAAAAUGUAUAUGUAGCUUUUGGAACUAUUAAAUGACAGACCUCUUUAGAGCAUGUCCUGUCUUAAGUCCACAUGGAUCCUCUGUGGAUUAGUUACAAGAUUAUACUUGUUUUGUAAUCUGUCUUAACCCUCAUCUCUGUUUAUUUCAGUAUACAGAUACAGUGAUUAACAAAAUGCGCUAUUACACAUGUACCUCCCAGUAAAUAAUUUUCUGCCUC